AUGGCGACUGAUAUUUCUGCUGAAGAUAGAGAUUUUCUGGCACAAUGCGAAGAGGAAUUAAAGGACCGGUUUACUGAGUUAGAUGAAGAUUACAUGAAAGUGUUUAAUGCUGAACAACCCAAACCUCCGAUAAUGGAGAAUUGGAGAGCAACACAAAACCGAAGAUUCAACAAUAGACGAUUCCAUCCAUAUGACAGUUCUAAUAGGAAUAGAAAUCAUGACAGAUACCAGGAUAGAGGUCACAAUGAGUAUACUAGAGGGUAUCAAGAUAGAAGCUAUGAGGAUCAAAGCUAUGACAACAGAAGACGUGUACCGCUCGAGGACCACGAGGACCACGCGGACAUCCAGCACCAAGCUACAAGCGGCCAGACCGCAGCCGGACCACCGCAGGACCGUCGCAGGACCGCGGACCAUCUUACACAGCUAAAUAAAUAA